CCCGGGACCGGCCCCAGCCCCGGCCCUGAGAGUUCUGCAGAAGUGAAAUGCUCCCUUUGUGUUGUGGGAAUUCAGGCGCUGGCUGAGAUGAACCGGUGGAGAGAAGUUCUGUCUUGGGUCUUACAGUAUUACCAUGUCCCUGAACAUCUGCCUCCAAAGGUUCUGGAGCUGUGUAUCCUGUUAUACAGCAAAGUGAGAGAGCCCCAGGUGAUGCUGGAGGUUGGCAGCAGCUGGCUGAGAGACCCAACCAAUAAGAGCCUCCCCGAGUACGGCUCGUUGCUGGAGCUCUAUCUGCUGCAUGUGUUGCUUCCGCUUGGCCGGUUUGAGGGGGCAGAAGAGCUUGUACGUGGCUGUGAUGUUUUUGACAGCGAGCAGCAGCUAGCAUUUCUUGGGACCAUCUGUGAAAGCCGGUGUCAGUGGACUCAGCGGGAAGAGAUGCACUCGGCUGCUGGAGAGCAGGAAGGCGCAGCAACAGAAACUGUUUUGAGUGCUUUGUCCCAAAAGCUCUUGACCAUGUUAACGUUGCUACGUAGAGCACUGAGGUCCAUGUCCAGCCACUUCUGUUUACUUCCUUACAAAAAGAUGCUCUUGGCUACAUUUCUGCUGUACCUGGUGGUGGUGAGAUUAGACCCAGCUUCUCCCACAUCACUGCCAUUCAUUUACAAAUUCUUCCGACAGGCUUGGGCAGCUGUAUUAUCUCCAAUCCAUAGGCCUCCAAUUCAAGACUAA